AUAUUAUACGACGGCGCAGCGGCGACGGUCCGCGUGUAUUGCAUUAGUGUGUGCCCGUGGUUCAGCGGCACUAGGCUAUUUUUUAUUGGGAUAAUACUUGUUGUUUUUUUUAAUCGUAUUUAUUUUUCAUUUGACGCACUCUUAUCGACACCAAACAACGGUUUUUUUUUAUCCCAUUUAGGUUGUAGAAGAAAUUAAUAUUAUGUAUCAUAACCUAUGAUCGUUACAUCACCAUUCACGGACAACCGUCGUAAGACCGCAUUCAUAAAUUUCGCGCAGACGCUGUUGCUAGAGUCCUAUACUCACUGUUAUUAUCUCACUGACUUCAGUUGAAACAUGAAGUACGUCGGGCUGCUACUGGUGGCCGUCCUGGGCGCGCUGUCCACCACUGACAGCGCCAACAUCCUCGGCGUGUUCCCCAUCAACGGCCGCAGCCAUUGGGUGGUGUACGAGAGCCUGAUGAAGGCCCUGGCGGCGCGCGGUCACAACGUGACGGUGAUCACAUCGUUCCCUCAGAAAACGCCUCUGGCCAACUACACGGACAUCGACGUGUCUGCGUCGUUUCCGUCCGCGGUGAACACGCUCAGCGUCGAAAUGGUGCUCAAAUACCUGACCAGCGUGUUCGCCAACCAAUGGUUCAUCGCUGACCAUCAGAUGAAUAUCUGUCGGCAGUCACAGAAGCUGCCAGAGGUGAAAGCGCUCCUCCAAAGCGGCAUCAAGUUUGAUGCGGUUUUCACAGAAAUAUUUGGAGCUGAUUGUGAUGUUGGUUAUGCUUACCAUUUCAAGGCACCCCUAUUAUCCAUCAUGUCUAGCUCACACUUACCUUGGAGCUAUGACCGUGUGGGUGGCCCAGACAACCCUUCGUACAUACCAACGAUCGUAACAAGAGCAGCUGGAAAGAUGAACUUUAAGGAACGUAUGAUCAACACCUUGUACUACAUAUACUUUAAAAUAGCAUGGAAGUAUUACAGUGAGUGGCCAGCAAAUGAACUGUUGAAAGAGAACUUUGGACCGGACGUACCUCACAUCAACGAAAUAGUUUACAACACUUCCAUGGUGUUUGUCAACGGCCACUUUUCUUUGGACGGACCACGUCCUUUAGUUCCCAACAUGGUGGAAAUCGGUGGAAUACAUGUUAAAUCACCCAAGCCCAUACCCAAGGACAUAUUGAAGUUUAUCGAAGACUCGCCGAAUGGAGUUAUGUUUUUCACGUUUGGAUCUCUUAUUCGUAUAUCUACACUACCACCAAAUGUAUUGCAAAUGUUUAAGGAAGUAUUCGCAAAAUUACCCAUCAGAGUUUUGUGGAAAUAUGAAGAAGAAAUGCCAGACAAACCUGAUAAUGUAUACAUAAGCAAAUGGAUGCCUCAGAGAGAUAUUUUGAAUCAUCCAAAAGUCCGUCUGUUCAUGACUCACGGUGGACUAUUAGGAACAAUAGAAGCUGUACAUUCGAGCGUACCUGUCAUAGGCAUUCCGUUUUUCUUUGAUCAACCUAGAAAUAUAUUAAAACUGGUAGAACAGGGUUCAGGUAUACUAUUGGACUAUGAAACGUUGACGAAGGAUAUUCUAUACAACGCUAUUACAACAAUAGUUAACAAUAGCAGUUACGCAAUAAAUGCGAGCAAACUAGCAAAACGGUUCAAAGACAGACCAUUGAACGCAACGGAAACUGCCGUCUACUGGACAGAGUACGUAAUAAGACACAAAGGGGCGAAACACUUGAGAACAGCGGCCGUUGGAAUGCCUUGGUGGAAAUACUUCUUAGUUGAUGUCAUCGGUUUUAUCUUGCUAGUCAUUUUUGGUGUAUUGUAUCUAAUUUACUUUGUGCUCAAGACUAUCUACAAGAAAUUAUGCAAAAAGACCGUACCUAAAAAGAAGGAAAAGAAAAACUAAAACAAUAAAUUCUUAUAAUACCUGAAUUACUAUAAUAUACAAAUGGUACAAAACAGUUUAGCCCCAUUCAUUCUUGUGAUAUGUUUUUUCUUAUCAUCGGUGUGAGUUGAAAUAGUUUCUAUCAAAAUUAUAUAGGUAGGUAGAUACUAAGAGUCUGAACACAUAGGUAGGUACUCAUAUUAAGGAUACAUGAAUAUUAGAUCUAUUCAAUUGAAUGCUAUUUAUUAAUUUUAACCAUAUAAGUCCAUAACUAUGUGUUGCCUUUUGAAUAAUUUUUAUGUAUAGCGAUAAAUCACUUUACUAUAGUAAUAGUACCUACUGUGAGCACUGAGCAAGUUAAUAUGCUUAGCAAUCAGAAUGUUUUAAUAUAGUACACAAUUUUUAAAAUUAUCUAUAAAAUACUACUUACCAGUGUGGUUGAUGGUUUUAAAUAUAAAGAAAAACUAUUUACUACUAUGUGUUAUGCAUACAUGUAUUUAAUUUUUAAGCAUUCUUUAUAUGUGAUAUAAUAACAAUUUCUAAAUAAAAAUAUUUUUAAUGUAUACAAUUUAAUAAAACCUUUCAAAACCAUUUCAAUAUAACUUUUAAUUAGGAGUAAACACAAAUUCUGAAGUUAGUAUUAAUUUAAAAUUUAAUUACUGUGAGUAGAGAAACCUAUGUAUUCAUAAACCUUUAUAUUCAUUAGAUAGCUCAAUAUAAUUAAUAUCUAACUAGAACCACGAUAAACUAGACCUCAGUCCUAGCGCUCUGGCCUGAUAAUUGACCAGCUAUUUAUUAUAUUUGUUAUAAUCAGCACUUAACACUACAAAAAAAAAUUAAUAUUAAUAGAAGGACAUAUAAACAUGACCAUCCUGAUAUUAUGCUAGGUAUUUCUAAAACCCUGAGUUCAAUAUUAAGAAUUUAGACAUGUGUCAAUAGUGAUAUUCUUGUAAGUUCACUGUUCAGAGACAAAUAUUUUUAUCAGUAUUAUUUGUUCGGUAAAUUCCAUCAUGCAUAUUAAAUAUGUUAAAUUUGAUGAUUUCCAAAUCGGUAUGUCUUCGUUUUCCCAAAAAGUAAAAUAAUUUAUUAAAUCAAGUGAAUAAAAUAAAAAUAUGUGUCAAAUUAAACACUUUUGUCGUGCUGCAGUACUUUUACGAUUUAAGUUCACCAAUAAUUGAAUUAUUAUUAUAUUUUUUUUCAUUUAUUUAUUUUAUCGCCAUUUGCAAUAAUUUUCACUUUGAUUUUUGCUUUCUAAUAAUAAAUUACAUGAUGUUUUAUAAACAUUUAGUUUCACAUUUCAAUAUAAACUGCAAUAUAUUAUUUUGAACGUUCACUGCAUUUUAAUUGUGAUUAAUUUAAAUUCAACGUUAAAUCAUUGUGUACAAAAAAAUGAUUUUGAGGGGAGGCAGACCUUCAAUCUAUACUUCUAUG